AGAUACUCCUUCUCCAAAUUUAAGUUUUAUCCCUUAUGAAAUAAUAAUUCUCCUCCCUUAGUGCACCUUAAUUUCUGAAUUUACCAAAAUUCAAGAGCAUAAUGGUCAUCUAGUCUACAUAAAGAGUAAAACAAAGAGGACUCGUGCCAUACAAGACACUUUACAUGUUGAUCUAAUGGUUUUAUGAAGAACCAAAUCAGCUCCAAUGCUGCUGCCUGAAAUGGAUCCCAGAGAGAAGGCCACCUUAAAGAAUUGUUUGAAUUGCUUUCUGGAAGACCUUGACCCAACCUUGACCUUUCUCUCACAAAUGGUCUGUGCAGGGGUUAUUACUGAGGAUCAAAAGGACAGAAUUGAGAAGCAGACUACCAGACAAGACAAGGUCAUAAUCCUUUUGGAGAUUUUACCCAGAAGGGGGCCAAGAGCUUUCAAGAAAUUUGUGGGAAUACUAAAAUCAGACUACUCCUGGAUCAGUGAGAAACUAGAACAGGAAUACCAAGUUCAAGACUACACCAAAAGAAUAGAAAAUGCCCUUGAGCAGAGAACCAAGACAUUGGGUGUACUGAUUAAGGACCGUGACUACAUCAAUCGAGUGAUUACCGAGACAGUGGUGCCAUUGAUGAUAGAAGAAUGUGGUGCAAGAGGUUCUGGUGGUGCUGUGGGACAAGGCUUCGAUGCACCACUUAAAGACAUCAUAAAUGACCAUUUGAUACCACUCUUAAAAGGCAACAAUGGUCUGAAGACACAUUUAGAAUCUAUGCACAGUGGCAUGCUGCUGGAUAAAGUGGUAGAUAUCAUUCAAGACUUGAAGGAUAAAUGCUGCAGAACACUGAAUUUGAGUGAUGUGACAGAAUUUCACUCAUCUUUACCAAUUCUAAUUGAAACAAGACUUCAGGAACUGAAAGACAUUAUAAGCUCAAUGAAGAAAGAGAAUAAAAAGAUUAAAAAAGCAGAGGAAAAGUUGAUCGUUGAAAACCAGAAACUCAAGAGUGAUAUAGCAAUUCAAAGAGCCGAGGUCAAGAGAGGAAAAGCAGAGAGUGUUAAACAGACUGCUGAGAUCAAGAAAUUAAAAGACCACAUACAGAAAACAAAAUCUGAUAAUGACAAAUUGAAACAAGAAGUGGCAAAUCUGAGAGAGCAGAUGAGCAAAGCUGGCAUAGAUAUCCAAAUAUCAUCCGACUUCAUUUAAUUAUGCAUUCUUGCAAUUCGGUUCUACAAGAAUUGCAUUUCAUAUAUUUUAUCAUUUUAAAAGAUGAUAAAAAAUUAAGUUCAGAAUCUUUUUAAAAAAUAAUAUCAAUAAAACAACCCAACAAUAAACAAACAUGUAUUUAUGUUUACAAUUCCAAUAUUU